AGAGGAUUCAGUGUGCGGUGACUCGGGCGGAGUCGGCUGUACUGUCGGGAAACGAGCUCAAUCAUUAAGUUAAAGUAUUUAAAAAAAAACACACACACUCAGUUAGCGUGUUGAAAUUGAUCUUACCUCUGGAUGUUAUUUCCCCGAAGACGCGUCGUAUGAGGUGUGUUUUAUAGCGGUUGUGGUGUGGGGAUUUGUUGGAGAGCUGCGUGAACUGGAGUUACGGGAAGCGAAGGAGAUUUUCUCGGCCCUGGCUUUCAUGAACGGGCCCCUUACAACUUACUAAAGUUCGCAGAUAUACUUCAGCUGCUCUCUAUUUUCACAUUUCCGCGGUUCUAGUUACUCUGUGAGAUUCACAGGAUAAGGCCUCACACAGAUGGGAAGAGUGUGUAUAAAGCACCUUGAAGGUGCACCCAAUCAUUGGACUAUUAGUUUUACAUAAUCCACUCAUCCUUAGAGACUAGGAAGUGGAUGAUGUUAAUGAAGGCUUAAAGUCUUAGGGAGAAAAACAAAAAAACUUUUCGACUCUUGUAUCAUCCAAAUAUUGGUUCGAAGAACCUUUGUGAGCGAUCAUCAUUUUUGUCGAUCAUCAGGAGUUGGAGACGACACCAUCAAAAUGAGUGCAGAAGGUUAUCAGUAUAGAGCGCUGUAUGACUAUAAGAAAGAGAGGGAGGAGGAUAUUGACCUGCAUGUAGGGGACAUUCUUACGGUCAAUAAAGGUGCACUACUCGCCGUUGGUUACACUGAGGGGAUGGAAGAGAGACCGGAUGAAAUCGGAUGGCUGCCUGGCUUUAAUGAAACCACUCAGGAAAAGGGGGACUUUCCUGGUACGUAUGUGGAGUUCAUCGGCAAGAAAAAGAUAUCUCCACCAACUCCCAAACCAAGACCCCCAAGGCCUCUACCUGUGGCCCCAGGGCCUGCAAGGCCAGACUCGGACUCUGAGCAAAGCUUCAGCUCUCUGGUAGACCUGACGGAGCAGUUCGCACCUCCAGAGGUAGCACCGCCCAUGCUGCUCAAGCUCCUUGAGGCCAUCGAGAGGAAAGGUCUAGACAACCCUACGCUCUACAGAAACUUCACUGCUGGAGGAGGGCUGGAUGUCAGACAGUGCUUUGAUAGUGAUCCUGCCUCGGUGGAUCUGGAGCAGAUGGACCUUCAGAUGUUGUGCGAUGGUCUGAGGAGGUAUCUUCAAGAUCUACCUCAGCCUGUAAUCCCCUCUGUGGUCUACAGUGAGAUGAUACGCCUUGCUCAAGAAGUGCAGGGUACAGACGAUUGCGCACAUCACCUGCGGCUGGUGGCCAGCUCCUCUGCACUUCCUCCGCAGUACUGGCUGACCCUGCAGAGCUUGCUGCGCCAUUUCUCCCGUGUAUGCCAGGCCUCAGCUGCCAACCUGCUUAGUGCUCGUGCCCUUGCUGAGAUCUUUAGCCCGGCACUCUUCAGACAACAGCCCACCAGCUGUGAGCCCAGCCCAGAGGCACACAUCCGGAUAAUUGAAGUCCUGGUGACCAGCGAAUGGAGUGACAGUCAGGCGGCUCCAGCACUACCUCCCAAGCCACCAAAACCAACGUCUGUCACUAACAACGGUAUGAACAACAACAUGGCUCUGCAAGACGCUGAAUGGUACUGGGGGGACAUCUCCAGGGAGGAGGUCAACGAAAAGCUUAGGGACACUGCUGAUGGUACAUUUUUGGUCCGAGAUGCCUCCACUAAAAUGCACGGGGAUUACACACUGACACUGAGGAAAGGAGGUAACAACAAGUUGAUCAAAAUCUUCCAUCGUGAUGGAAAAUACGGCUUUUCAGACCCCCUGACCUUCAACUCUGUGGUUGAGUUGAUCAACCACUAUCGGCACGAGUCUCUCGCCCAGUACAACCCCAAACUAGAUGUGAAACUACUGUAUCCUGUGUCCAAGCACCAACAGGAUCAGGUGGUAAAGGAGGAUAAUAUUGAAGCUGUUGGGAAGAAGUUGCACGAAUACCACCAGCAGUACCAAGAAAAGAACAGAGAGUACGACCGACUCUAUGAGGAAUACACUAGAACAUCACAGGAAAUACAAAUGAAAAGGACUGCUAUUGAAGCUUUUAAUGAGACCAUAAAGAUCUUUGAAGAGCAGUGUCAGACACAAGAACGGUACAGCAAAGAAUAUAUUGAGAAGUUCAGGAGAGAAGGCAAUGAGAAGGAAAUCCAAAGGAUAAUGGUCAACUAUGAGAAGUUGAAAUCGCGCAUCAGUGAAAUUGUCGACAGCAAACGGCGUCUCGAAGAAGAUCUGAAGAAGCAAGCUGCAGACUACAGAGAGAUUGACAAGCGGAUGAACAGCAUUAAGCCUGACCUCAUCCAGCUCAGAAAGACCAGGGAUCAGUACCUCAUGUGGUUGACACAGAAAGGCGUCCGACAGAAGAAACUCAACGAAUGGUUGGGAAUCAAAAACGACAACCAGGACGAUCAAUACUCAAUGGUGGAUGACGAUGAGGAUUUGCCACACCAUGACGAACGCUCCUGGAAGCUGGGUAACAUUAACCGCAUCCAGGCAGAGGCCCUGCUGCGGGGCAAAAGAGACGGAACAUUCCUGGUCAGGGACAGCAGCAAAACCGGAUGUUAUGCCUGUAGUGUUGUUGUGGAUGGUGAGGUCAAGCACUGCGUCAUCAACAAGACACCCACGGGAUAUGGCUUUGCUGAGCCCUACAAUCUUUACAGCUCUCUGAAAGAACUGGUCUUGCACUACCAGCAUACUUCCCUGGUUCAGCACAAUGACUCUUUGAAUGUCACGUUAGCAUACCCAGUCUACGCACACCAGAGGCGGUGAGGACUCAUGAACACACCCUUGGGACUCGUUACAAACACGGGAGUUGAGAAAGGGCCUCCCCUGGAAUGGAGAUACCUCCAGAAAGGCUGCUACCGAGGGCUGCCUUUUGCCUUGAAACGACCAUGUCGGAAAGCCAAGAAAGCAAAAUCCAAAACGAACAUUUCAGCCACUGAGACUUUUGCCAGUCUGAAUGUAGUUUUCUUUAUCGAGCGGAAACUGCUAAAAAUGUAACUCUCUCUCCCAAAAUGGAGGACUUCGGAGGCCUUUUCCAAAUGGUGCUUGUUCAUUUCAAAGCUUUACCCGCUGCUGGAAUGUGGAACAUUGAUUAAACCUCUAGAGUGCAUCUUUUUUACCUCCUCUACCCCCCUGCCUGCUUGGUGCAGGUUCCCAUUUGUGUUUGUGUUACGUGUGUACGUGUGUACGUGUGUGUGUGUGUGUGUGUGUGUGUGUGUGUGUGUGUGUGUGUGUGUGUGUGUGUGUGUGUGUGUGUGUGUGUGUGUGUGUGUGUGUGUGUGUGUACGUGUGUGUGUACGUGUGUACGAGAGAAUGUGACCAAAACUCACAGUAUCUGAAAGCUAUCGGGAUGUUCAACAUGAUGUUUAAUUUUCACGAACAGACCAUGGAAUCAGCUGAUCAAAUGUAGCAAGAUGGCACUUUCGAAACAGUAUCUACUUGUUUUCCUGUAAGAGACUCCUACACAAACAUUGAUAUGACAUGUCUCGCCUGAAAGGAGCAGCGUGACGAGAAGCAAACAAGAUGCUUGGCAUUUCUUUUGUGAGCAUUAUAGUGACAGACUCUAAAUCCAUUUCUGCUUUAUGGACUAGCAAGAAAGGAACCGAAACGGACGUCAAGCUGUACAUACAGAUAGCAUCAAAAGCUAUGUGACAAAACCAUAUUGUACCAAAAACGCAGUUCCUUCUCAGUUGUAUUCUAAUCUGCUAUGCAAAUUCUGUAUUUUCCAUCUUCUCUGCAGAGUUGUGAUUUUAUUUUACAUGUUGCUACCCAUAAUAUAAACUUGUUUUUAUUGCUUAAAGUCUUUUUUUAAUGUAUCUAAGAGGAUAUUUUAAGUGUCAAAGCGCCAAGAGUGGUGGCUUCAGUUUUACAGAAGAAGUGUGGAAAAAGUACUUUAUUACAUAUUUCUUUAUCAGCCGCUGGUAAAAAUUAAAGAGAGAGUAUUUUAUUAGUCUUUUUCACUUGGAGCUAAUUUUCUCUUUGGGCAGAGCCUGGAGGACAUUAGUGCUGCUUCUGUCUACAGUAAUGGUGAUAUAUCUGAACAUUUUCACUAGAGCAGACAUAAACGAAUAAACCAUGACGUUUGAAAUAACUGCAACUGAAUGAUUGUCACAACAGCAGAAUACCGCAGGUUCCUAAUCCAAUAUAGAGGUUUAUUUUUUGAUAUCUUACCCAUAAUCGAGAGCGUAUUGAUUUGAUCCUCUGGAAUGAUGGAAAACAAAAAAAACAUUCAUUUCGAUGACAUAACUCCCUCUCGUUCCUUGUCAACAUAGUAUUUUUUCUGUAUCAGAAAAUCCUUAAUAGUGUUUACAUGGAUGGAUCAACUUUGCGACCACAUUCUCUAAAAGUUUAUCACUUGGAUGCGACAAAGUUAGGGGAACCUACCAGAUUAACAUUCAAAGCUCGCUUCAGUAUUUCUGAUUUUAUCAUCGCUGACAUCAGUAUAGUUUUCGCCUUCCCCUCUCAUCUGCAUUGACGAAUGCAAAUUUGCAUUUGAUGUUCCACAUAAAAAAAAAACGCGUAAACGUGACACCAUUAAUUCAUGUUAUUUUUCACGUCGCUUUUGUUGGUCAACUCUGUUCCUAUAUUUUGAAUUUAUUUGACUCCUUGUUUAACUAGGCCUGAUUGCCUUAAAAUAAGUCAGUUAUGUAUUUUUUUUAAGUGGAGAGUACUGCUGAAUUUCACCAUUGUUUUGUAAGCAUUUGAAGGUCUUCGAUGUAAGAUUUUCAAGAGGAAUGGUAUCUCUAGCGUUUUUCAACCACGUCUAUACGCACAAUUGUCCUACACUCAUGGUUUGGCCGCGUUUCUUCAAGGAUAGGACGGACUUUCUCUGAGUCCCCUUAUACAGAGUUAACUAGCACGUGGUUUGAAGUAAAUAUUUGAACUUCACAGGCCGAUUCGUUUCAAACUUUUACUGUUUGUGAUUCUGAAAGUCUGAGAAUUAAGGAAGCUUACACGUUCUAAUUCUGAGAUUCUUUUUUUUUAAUUGAUUCUCUGCAAAUUUCACUCUAAACCUAUACUUAAUUACAAUGAAAGAAACCAAACUUUCACGGUAAUUUAUCUGGGGCUUUUUCUUUCUUUCUUUCUUUCUUUUGUCUCACCUUCUGCAUUGUACUCUUUUCACCUCUCGCCACAAACUUCCGUGUUUCACAUUACCGUGGUAGUCUUCUUUCUGCAGCCCCUGUUCUCAGAAUUUCUUGUAUUUUGUGAAUCCAGUUUUUGUUCUUCCCCUCUUUUUUCGAAAUUGUAUAGCAUUGGUUUACAGAUACUGUUACCAGAAUACUGAAAUUGAGAUUAACAAGUGUGUUCCAGUUCUAAAAAUGCUUCAGAUCUGUAUUGGCUUUUCUUUUUUUUUUUUUAAAGUUAAAUAAAAUGAUGUUUUAGAAACUAAAA